CAGCGACACCGUGCAUGUAGCAUGUAGCAUGUUGCAGCAGUUACAAGCGACUUUGCGGGAUUUUGCUAAUCGCUGCGAAAUUAAAGCGACAAUAUGACGAUGUGACAGCCAGCCGUGUCUCGGUGCUGUUGUGGAGCAGUGCAUGUCCCAGCGGCAGGAGGUGGAGGAGGGCAGGCGGAGGGUCUGAGCUCUGUGUCGGCGGCUGUCGGUCUCCGGGAUGGAGACCUGGACCCCCAAUCCCCGAGCCAAGCCUUUCAUCCCCCGCCAACAAAGAAGCUUGUACCUCACCUGGAAAUACAAACUGACCAACAAGAGGACGAUUCGUCGGUUCUGUCAGGCUGGCGCUGUGCUGUUUCUGCUGAUAACUGUAAUCGUCAACAUCAAACUCAUCUUGGACACGAGAAGAGUAGCUAAUGAAGAUGCAGCAGCUCAAGAAUAUGAGGACGCAAUACCCAACAUGGAGACACCACGCAGGCCGUCUAAUCGACGCAAGGUCCUGGACAUUGAGGUGUACUCCAGCCGCUCCAAGGUCUACGUGGCAGUGGACGGCACCACGGUGUUGGAGGAUGACAUGCGGGAGCAGGGCAGAGGCAUCCAUGUGAUAGUUCUCAACCAGGCAACUGGUCAUGUGAUGGCCAAGAGGAUAUUUGACACCUACUCUCCUCAUGAGGAUGAAGCGAUGAUCCUCUUCCUCAACAUGGUGACCCGGGGUCGAGUCCUCAUCUUCACCAUAAAGGACGAGGGCACGUUCCACCUGAAGGAUGCUGCGAAGAACCUGCUGAAGAGCCUGGGCAGCCAGGUGUCUCUCAACCUCAGCUGGAGAGACAUGUGGACUCUGGUGGUGAAGAAAGGAGGUCAGGUGUAUGGAGAGAAGCACUCAAAGUCUCCAGCUCUGUCCACCUGGGGAGACCCAGUGCUGCUGAAGACUGAGGUGCAGCUCACCGCCUCUGAAGAGGCAGAGUGCCACUGGGCAGACACUGAGCUGAACAGGAGGAGGAAGAUCUUCUGCAGCAAAGUGGAAGGAUACGGCAGCAUCUGCAGCUGCAAAGACCCAGCGCCCAUCGAGUUCAACCCUGACCCUCUGCCCAUCAAUAAUGUCUUCAGUGUCCCAGUGGCCGUCAUCGCAGGGAACAGACCCAACUAUCUUUACAGGAUGCUGAGGUCACUUCUUUCAGCUCAUGGCGUCAACCCGCAGAUGAUCACAGUCUUCAUCGAUGGAUAUUAUGAGGAGCCCAUGGAUGUCGUAGAGCUGUUUGGACUGAAGGGGGUUCAACACACACCCAUCAGCAUCAAGAACGCCAGAGUGUCUCAGCACUACAAGGCGAGUCUGACUGCAACCUUCAACCUUCACCCAGAUUCCAACUUUGCCAUCGUCCUAGAAGAAGACCUGGACAUCUCCAUCGACUUCUUCAGUUUCCUGAGUCAGACCAUCCACCUGUUGAAUGAGGAUGACAGCCUGUACUGUAUCUCAGCUUGGAAUGACCAGGGCUAUGAGCACACCGCGGAGGACCCGGCCCUGCUGUACAGAGUGGAGAGCAUGCCCGGCCUGGGCUGGGUGCUGAAGAAGAGCCUCUACAAGGAUGAACUGGAGCCAAAGUGGCCGACACCUGAAAAGCUGUGGGAUUGGGACAUGUGGAUGCGAAUGCCGGAGCAGAGGAAAGGCCGAGAGUGCAUCAUCCCCGACGUGUCCCGCAGUUACCACUUCGGCAUCAUUGGCCUCAACAUGAACGGAUAUUUCCACGAGGUCUACUUCAAGAAGCACAAGUUCAACACUGUUCCCAACGUGCAGCUGAGGAGUGUUGACAGCUUAAAGAAGGAUGCUUAUGAAGUGGAGAUCCAGAACCUGCUGAAGGAAGCAGAGGUGCUGGACCACACUAAGAACCCGUGUGAGGACUCGUUCCUGCCGGACUCUGAGGGAAAGACCUACGUCAUGUUCAUCAAGAUGGAGUCAGAGACGGACACGUCAACCUGGACAGAGCUCGCCAAGUGCCUCCAUGUUUGGGACCUGGAUGUUCGGGGAUACCACAGAGGCCUGUGGCGGCUCUUCAGAAAGAGGAAUCAUGUCCUGGUGGUGGCCGUGCCGAUCUCCCCAUACUCUGUGAAGAAACCCGUCAGUGUCACUCCCGUUCACUUAGAGCCUCCGCCCAAAGAAGAGGGAGCGCCAGUGGAGCAGGUGUAGACCUGAUGUUACACACACACACUUCAACCAGCCCAGGCCUUAACUCUUCUUCUCUCCACCAACAACCACUAAUAAUCCAGCCUGGGACCCACGACUGCAGAACUGACGUUCCUACAUGUUGAACUUGUGUCAGAGAGGAUAUCUGGGAAAUGGAGUCCUAAUGUUUGCCUUUUUUAAGCGAAAGAGGGAUUAACACUACAAACUGCACUACUAAAUCCGCCCACAGCUUGAGGAGGAACGGCGAUGCUCAAACCAGUGACCGACAACCAAAACACUAUAUAUCUCGCUAUAUGACUGUCAACAGCUGUCCUUUUCUGUUUCCGUGACAACAGCGGGCUGAUCCGCGGCCUGCUGACUUUCAGUUCACGCUGUGACGGUACAAACACACACUCGCCGCGAUCGAGCCCGUUUUAGUUAGUUGUUUUUUUAACUACUGAGUGCUUUUGUACAUACGUCUUAACUUAUCGCUAUUUAUUUUACAUCUGUCAAUCAAAACGGAGUUCAAAGGUUUGUUUGCAUUUUUUAAAAAGAUCCACUUUUAUCAAGAUAAAUGCAUUUUUUAACGUUUACAGAUAAUGAAAUAAUAAUGUAUAUACAUGCCUAUAUCUAUUUUUUGAUGAAAAAUGUAAAGGGUCGGCAUAUUUUUCAGCAUUAGGUCUUGAGUCUGAGUGAAAGCGUUGAUAACAGCCCUGUGGGUUUUUACUAUUAUUGACUGCGUCAGUUGUGUCUGAUCGGGUUUCAUGAGAGGACGUCAAUGGUGGCUCAAAAAUGAGAAAUAUUCACAGAUUUAGCAACGUAUACUCCAAUUAAUAAUAGCAAGAACUGAAACACUGAAAUAGAUUAUGUGUCCUCUGAUGGUACCACACAGUGAAGCUCUACACUGACAAGUACAAACAGGAAGUACUUUUCGAUAUAUAUAUUACAUAUCUUUGAAGUUUCAAAAUCCAACAUUUUCGACUGAAUAUACAAGAUGAAGAAAGGUGGCUCCUUUUGUUUCUUAUGUUUUUUUCUUUUUCUUCAGGAAAAGUGUUGUUUUGGUGUCAGUAUUGAAAAUGUUCAAAGGAUGCACAGCUCUAACAUUUCCACUACAAAAUAAAAGUGGAGAAUUACAAAAAUGUAUUCAUUACAAAUGUAAAUUUAAUACAGUAUAUGAUUUUAGUGCCCGUUUUGUUUUUUAAUGCUGCUUUAUUCUUACAAGAAAAAAGGCGCUGCUCAUUUGGCUGUGCUGGCUGUCGGCUCACUGCAGCGUUAAGUUUACUGUAUGUUCCUGAAAGCAGCGUAUGUGUGAAUCUGUGAAAGACUCAACAAACAGACGUGACUAUGAAGGUCCAUUAUUUCAACAUAAACUCAAAUAUCUUUCAAAAUAAUGAUCAGUUCUCGUUUUCUUGACUUAUUUUCAUGAGAUAAAUGAUGUUUCUGUGCUUCUCAUUGAAUGUUAAAACCAGUUUUCCAAGACAACAGUUAAUUAUCUCAUUAUCUGGAGAUUAAAUUAUAAUAAUUAAUUUGGUUAGCUGAGCAUCUCCAGUGUUUUCUUUGCUGAAUGCAUCUUUUUUUCCGACAACAGCGCCAAAAUCCUGGAUGAAUAAUUUCCCACCACAGUUUAUCAAAAAUGGAUUAACAGGCAGGAUCAAUAAUGAAAUCCAAACAGUUUCUAAACAGGCAACAAGCGGUUUAUAACACUGUUAACGUAGCUGUAAGCAAGCUUAGUUAGUUUUUUUAGUGUUUAUUUCUGACUGAUGAUGCUGGUGCUGUAAUCUGAUUGGUCCAGCUUCUGUCAUGACUUCAGUUCCAUCGCUCACGCAGGCAGUUGACCAGCUGUUGGCCGACAUUGUUGGCUGUUACCACCUGUGAUUGAACGUUAGUCCACACAUACACGGGUUUUUUUUCACAACGCAGCUUUUUCAACCCUUUUUUUGGUCUUUCGUCCACACACAAACACAGUUUUAGGUCUCAGAGGAAAACUCGUUCCAGGGGGAAGACAUUCAGAGUCUUUGGCUUGUGUCGUUAUCUCCUUUGUUAACGUGAGGAGGUUUAGUGCGAUGGAGGAUGUGGUCAAAAUAGUGUAGGUGCAGGACUUGUUUUUCAUGUUUAUGCAUAAACUUACAUUUACUCUUUCACCGUAAUUGGGGAGCAGAGGCGUCAGAAUGCGCCACAGAGAUCACUGUAUGUAAUCCAACAUAAACCAGUCUGGACUAGCAUCAGCAUCAUUUGAUGCUCUGUUUGCCAUCACCUCAUUUAGAGCCAUCACAGAGAGACGGCUGACAAUAGCUAGCCCCGCUCUUUUCUGUAAUGCAGAACAAGCGCAGCACUGAAUGUGCUGAAUGUAAUGGGAAAUAGUGCUAAUGUUAGCAAGCUAGGCUAACUGACAUCCACCUUCUGAGUGGACACUGGUUAGCCUAGCUUAGCAGCGUGGUGGUCUUCUGGACUGAUGAAUGUUGUAAAGGGAACAACACGCUGUGGGUUUGUGUCCAAACAACAUUUAAACAUAUUGAAAGAGUCUCUGCUUACAACUAGAUUAUAGUGUUAUAAAUAUUCAUCCGUUGUUAAUUUACUAUUUAGAGAUUGUAAUUGGGGAUCAUAGAAACCCUUUCAGUGCCCUCGGCCGCUGUGUCCUGAACAUGUCAAGUGAACAGUGUUUUUUUUAUGUGUCACAAAGGCUCAUUGUCAUCACUUGCUUCGCGCUGGCUUAAACACUGUACCGACUAACUGAAUGAGUGUGCGUGAGUCGCGUUUCAGCGCAGCUCGAUCAGUAUUUGCGGACUCGUUUGGUUUUGAUGUGUUUGAGUCGUGUGUUCAGAAAACGUCAUAUUUAAUACCUGCGGUCAGACGGUGCUACAGCCGUGUCGUGACUGAUUUAACGUCUGUUUGUGUGAAACCAAAAUUUCAGUUUGGUUUAAAGAAAACGAAGAACUAGAAUCUGCCCACCUUUUAAACUACUUCUUCAUUUCACUCUAGUUUUUGUUCGUGUGCGUCUCUUUGUGGAAGCGAGAUGGUCAAACUAAAUCUCGUCUCCUCAGCAAUAAGCUUGAUUUUGUUUAAUGCUAUGAGAAAAUACUGGAGGGUACGUAGUUUGACAACGAGGAUGUGUGAACGUACUGUAAGUUUCUGAUGCAGUUUGACAUACGUAUGAGUUCCUUUAUCUUUUGUCAUGGAAAUAAAUAAAGAUGUUUUU